CAAGCGACAAUGACGAGUCAAGCUGAGACUGAGAUGCCAGCGCAUCGGCGCUCUCGGACGGUGAAGAGGCGGUUAUGGGGGGGUCUGAGGCAGCAGUGGAAGCUGCUGGGGCUGUUCGAGAUCGACCAGCAGCACGAGUUCUACGGCUUGACCCGCAUGAUGAAGGAAGGCCUGGCGGCUGCUGUGCAGAACACCAUAGACAACCCGCUUACGGAUGAACUGACUGAAGUUGAUUUCCAAAUGGAGGUCACUCAAGUACAUGAGGGUUUCCAGAUGCAGACGUUCGCUGGGCCAGUCUUUGCCAGUUUGCGGCGUUCCCUGGGGAUGACAGAGAAGGAAUACCAGCACUCGCUCUCCUCUGAGGGAUGCUACCUGCAAUUCAUCAGCAACUCCAAGAGCAAAGCUGACUUCUUCCUCACAAACGACAAGAGGUUCUUCUUAAAGACACAGAACAAACGGGAGGUGAAGUUCCUCCUGAAGAACCUGAGGAUCUACAUGGAGCACCUGGAGAGCUAUCCUCACUCGCUGCUCGUCAAGUUUCUGGGUGUCCACAGAAUCAAAAUUCCCCGUCAAAAGAAGAAAUAUUUCAUUGUAAUGCAGAGUGUGUUCUAUCCUGAUGAGAGAAUUACCGCAAGAUACGACAUCAAGGGCUGUGAGGUGAGCAGGUGGACCGACCCAGCACCUGAGGGCAGUCACGUCAUUGUGGUUCUGAAGGACCUGAACUUUGAGGGAAAGUACAUCAACCUGGAUCAGCAGCGUUCCUGGCUGAUUCGCCAGGUAGAGAUCGACACGGCCUUCCUGCAGAGGAUCAAUGUGCUGGACUACAGCCUGCUGCUGGCCCAUCAGCCCCUGCACCACGAUGAGAGGGACCAAAGCCACUCCUUCGCCACGCUCAUUAUACGUGCCAAGAAUGCUUGGUCAUUCUGUCUGCCUCUCUCUCUCUCCCCUCACUGCAGAUCUGUGCAUCCAGGCUCCAGCCCCACGCACGCCGGCCUGCCCUGCGUCCCGGGGGCGGUGCAGGACGAGGACUCCGCCCUGCUGGUGUCGGAGAUGGAGAGCGGGUCGGAGGGCUACCGCGUGACGGAGGUGCACCCGGACGAUGGGCUCAUCCCGCUGCAGGAGCUGCAGGGCCAGGCCUCUAGUGCUGGCACGGACUCGGAGCUGCGGGAGUUCCAAGCUCAGAACCGCCGGCUGCUGCCCAACUUCAAGAACCCGCUGCACGUGAUCGAUGGGCCCGAGCUGCGCUACUUCGUGGGCAUCAUCGACAUCUUCACCGUCUACGGCUUCAAGAAGAAGCUGGAGCACCUGUGGAAGAGGCUGCGUUACCCGGGCCUGGCCUUCUCCACCGUCAGCCCCCCUGCGUACUCCCACAGGCUCUGCCAGUGGGUGCAGGCCCACACCAAGUAGCUCAGAGACACACGGAGACUGUCCACAGGAGCAGGACCGGAGGGCUCCAUCCAGUCAGGGACACUGAGAGACUGGCCGCGGUCACCAUGUUCUCCGCUUACAACUCAUGCACGAGCACGACAGCCUUUCAGCUCUUUCAUGCUCUCUCACCGCCACCAACACCACCCUUUGUUAAAAAAAAAAAGCGAGAUGAAGAUUUUAAUCUUUUCCAGCAGUGUGUUA